GAGAGCUGAGAGCCGGCUGGGAGCUGAGCUGAGUGUUGGCCUCUGCUCCCAGCUCUCCCAGCUCCCGGGUGGCACACAGCCACUUCAGCUGGCCCAGUCUUCGGGUCCUGUGGUCACCAGGAUGCUCUGGGCACUGCCUGUGAAUGACAACAAGCCCUGAAAGCUCUGGGGUCACCACACAGUCCCACAACCCUGCAUGCCCCACAGCCGAGAUGGGCUCAGCUCCUGGACUUGCCACAGACGGAAAGCAUAACAACACACGCUUGCCGGGGAGAGUCUUUGCCUGAUCUGGGGCUGCUCAGAGCACAGGAAGGCAGUCGGCCGGCAGGGAGCAGGAGAUGCAGAGCACCGUCAAUUACCUGUGGCACACGGAUGACCUGCUGGGGCAGGGCGCCACUGCCAGUGUGUACAAGGCCCGAAACAAGAAAUCUGGGGAGCUGGUUGCUGUGAAAGUCUUCAACACUGCCAGCUACCUGCGACCCCGGGAGGUGCAGGUGAGGGAGUUCGAGGUCCUGCGGAAGCUGAACCAUCAGAACAUCAUCAAGCUCUUUGCAGUGGAGGAGACGGGGGGCAGCAGGCAGAAGGUGCUGGUGAUGGAGUACUGCUCCAGCGGGAGUCUGCUCAAUGUGCUGGAGAGCCCUGAGAACGCCUUCGGGCUGCCGGAGGACGAGUUCCUGGUGGUCCUGCGCUGUGUGGUGGCCGGCAUGAACCACCUGCGGGAGAACGGCGUCGUGCACCGAGACAUCAAGCCGGGGAACAUCAUGCGCCUGGUGGGCGAGGAGGGCCAGAGCAUCUACAAGCUGACGGACUUCGGGGCCGCCCGGGAGCUGGGCGAUGACGAGCAUUUCGUGUCGGUCUACGGCACUGAGGAGUACCUGCAUCCUGACAUGUAUGAGCGGGCAGUGCUUCGCAAGCCCCAGCAGAAGGCUUUUGGGGUGACCGUGGAUCUCUGGAGCAUUGGGGUGACCCUGUACCACGCAGCCACCGGCAGCCUGCCCUUCGUCCCCUUCGGCGGGCCUCGGCGCAACAAGGAGAUCAUGUACCGGAUCACCACGGAGAAGCCGGCCGGGGCCAUUGCGGGCACUCAGAGGCGGGAGAACGGGCCCCUGGAGUGGAGCUACACCCUCCCCAUCACCUGCCAGCUGUCCACAGGGCUGCAGAGCCAGUUGGUGCCCAUCCUGGCAAACAUCCUGGAAGUGGAGCAGGCCAAGUGCUGGGGCUUCGACCAGUUCUUUGCGGAGACCAGUGACAUCCUGCAGCGAGUCAUCGUCCACGUCUUCUCCCUGCCCCAGGCCAUCCUGCACCACGUCUAUGUCCACGCACACAACACGAUAGCCAUCUUUCUGGAGGCCGUGUACAAGCAGACCAACGUGGCCCCCCAGCACCAGGAGUACCUCUUUGAGGGUCACCUCUGUGUCCUCGAGCCCAGCCUCUCAGCACAGCACAUCGUCCACACCACAGCAAGCAGCCCCCUCACCCUGUUCAGCAUGGCCAGUGAGACCCCCAAGGGUCUGGCCUUCAGGGACCCUGCUCUGGACAUCCCCAAGUUCGUCCCAAAAGUGGACCUGCAGGCAGAUUACAACACGGCUAAGGGGGUGUUGGGGGCCGGCUACCAGGCCCUGCGGCUGGCACGGUCCCUGCUGGCGGGGCAGGAGCUGAUGCUUCGGGGGCUGCACUGGUUCACGGAGAUUCUCCAGGCCACGUGCAGGCGGACGCUGGAGGUCACCAGGAUGGCCCUCCUCUUCCUCAGCAGCAGCCUGGGCACCGAGAGGUUCGGCAGCGUGGCUGGGGGGCCUGAGCUCCAGGAACUGAUGAGAGUUGCAGAGCUGAGGGCCAAGCUGCGGACUUUGGCUGAGGUCCUCUCCAGAUGUUCCCACAAUAUCACAGAGACCCAGAUGACCCUGAGCAGCCUGAGCUCUGAGCUGGGGAAGAACCGGGAUCAGGUACAUGAGGACAGAAGCAUCCAGCAGAUUCAGUGUUGUUUGGACAAGAUGUAUCUUAUCUACAAACAGUUCAAGAAAUCCAGGAUGAGGCCAGGGCUUGGCUACAAUGAGGAGCAGAUUCACAAGCUGGAUAAGGUGAAUUUUAGUCAUUUAGCCAAAAGGCUCCUGCAGGUGUUCCAGGAGGAGCACGUGCAGAAGUACCAGGCAUCGCUGGCCACACACGGCAAGAGGAUGAGGGUGGUGCAUGAGACCAGGAACCACCUGCGCCUGGUUGGCUGUUCUGUGGCUGCCUGUAACACCGAAGCCCAGGGAGCGCAGGAGAGCCUCAGCAAGAUCCUUGACCGGCUAUCGCAUCAGCUCCUCCAGGACAGAACACAGGGGGCUGGGGCCUCAUCGCCCCCUGCAGCCCCUUAUCCCAGCCCUGCACUAAGGGAGCUGACUCUGCACAUGCAGGAGCUCUGCGAGGAGAUGAAGCUGCUGUCGUCUGACCUCCAGGACAACAACCGCAUCAUUGAAGGGUUAAGUCGGGUCCCAUCGGCUCCUGACAUCUGAGCUCUGGGGCGUGCACGAGGCAUCCUGAAGCAUUAGACUCACUCAGACACUGCUCUCCUGCCAGCACUGCGGGACCCAACACAGGGCAGUGCCUGGUCCCAUCUCAUCAGCCUACCUCCCUCCUGGCUGGCGGCCAGGAGAUGUCACCAGCAUUACCUUCGGCUGCCUCUCUGCGGGCAGCAGCGCAGAGGACCCGGGGCACUAGGCCACCUCUGCCCAGACCCCAGACCCACUCCUGGGCUGCCCUGUGUGUCCUACGCAGGCUCGGGCAGAGCUCUUCCGUGGCUCUGGCCUGUGGAGCUGAGCCUGGCCGGGCUGUGGGGAGAAGAGGCCCCCCUGGGCCCUCCCACCACCCCACCGCCCCUCCGCCUCUGGUUUAUAGGGCUUCACUCCUCAGGGAACAGAAGAGGCGGCCCCCUGGGGUUUCCCCAGGGUGCUGGGUCAAACAGCGUAAUCUCAGUCUUCCUUCCUCUUGAAGUGUUUCACGCUGAGCACACAGGCCUCUCCCCUCACCUGUGAUUCCUGAAGGUCACCACACGCGGCCCCAGGCCUGACGGAGCCUGACUUCUCUCCUCUGGGUCUGGCUGAGCCUAAGGCUGAGAGGACGGUGGCCGAGGCAGGUGCCAGUGUCGUGGGGACCCUUCCUCCCUCUCUCUGAGGCACCACCAGGUUCUGGGGUUUGCAGGCAGCGGUGUCAACAGCAGCCAUGCCAAUUAGCAUAGGCCCACAAGUCCAGAGAGCUCUGAAGAAAUAAAGGCCUGCACCUUCACGAAGUGAAA